ACCUUCACCGUCGCCGGGCAUCAUUUUCUUCAUCUUCUUGCAAAUUGGCGGUCACCAAUGAGGUUCUCAAUAUCAUUGAGCAAAUUAGCCCAAUGGAGCCAGCUCUUGAGAAGGUAGUCCCUUUUCUAACUCGUGAAGUGGUAGCUUCUGUUAUUGAAGAAAAAAAGAAAAACCUUGAAUUGGGAUUUAGAUUUUUUAUCUGGGCUAUGAAGAACAAGCGUCUUCGCAGCCGGGCUUCACAUAGGUUAAUAGUUGACAUGCUUGUUGGGGAUAAUUGUAGUGGUAAAAGUGGUCAUCUUGAUGGGUUUGAGUUAUAUUGGAGGAUUUUUGACGAGGUUAGGAAACGGGUGGGUCCUAUGGAUUCAGCUGCAUUGGCCGUAUUGAUUUCGGCGUAUUGGAAGAUUAAAAAUGCUGAAAAGGCCGUGGAAACAUUCGGGAAAAUGAGAGAGUUCGAUUGUACACCGGAUUUAUAUGUUUAUAACAUAAUAUUGCAUGUUGUAGUUAAGAAAGAUGUCAUUUUGUUAGCGUUGGCACUGUAUAAUAUGAUGUUGAAAUCAAAUUGUAGGCCUAAUUGCUCGACUUUUAACAUUUUGAUCCAUGGGUUGUACAAGAGUGGGAAGACUCAGGAUGCGUUACAUCUGUUUGAUGAAAUGCGUGAUCUAGGAUUGUUGCCUAAUAAGACUACCUACACUAUGAUUCUCUUGGGUUUGUGUCAGGCGAAGAGGACUGAUGAUGCACAUAGGCUGUUUAAUUUGAUGAAGACUAGUGGUUGUUUGCCGGAUAAUGUCACUUAUAAUGCUUUGCUUAAUGGGUUUUGUAAGUUGGGCAGGGUUGAUGAGGCAUUUGCCCUGUUGAAGUCUUUUACAAAAGAUGGCUAUGCCGUUAAACUACCAGGCUACAGUUGUUUGGUUGAUGGCUUGAUUAGAGCCCGUAGGAUUGAUGAAGCACACGAACUCUUUCAGAAACUUUUUGAGAUUCCUGUGAUACCUGAUCGAGUAUUAUAUACGACUAUGAUGCGUGGGCUAUCGCAAGCUGGAAGGUUAAAGGAUGCUUUGAAUCUGUUGAAGGACAUGACACAAAGGGGUGUUGUACCAGAUACUCAAUGUUACAAUACUUUAAUUAAGGGGUUCUGUGACAUAGGUCUGUUAGAUCAAGCGCGGUCUCUUCAGCUAGAAAUUUCAAGGAAUGAUCUCUUCCCUGAUACAUGCACUUAUACUGUUUUAAUUUGUGCUUUGUGUGAGAAUGGCAUGGUUCGAGAGGCGCAGAAUAUUUUUGAUGAGAUGGAGAAGAUUGGCUGCUUUCCCUCUGUUGUAACCUUUAAUUCUCUUAUUCAUGGUUUAUGUAUGUCUGGUCUGCUUGAGAAAGCUCACCUUAUGUUCUACAGGAUGGAGAUAGGAAAAAACCCUUCAUUAUUUCUAAGGCUUUCUCAGGGUGCAGAUAGAGUUCUUGAUAGUGCAAGCCUCCAAACAAUGGUGGAGAAAUUGUGCGACUCUGGGUCGAUAUUAAAAGCUUACAAGCUUCUCAUGCAGCUGGCUGAUAGUGGGGUUGUACCAAAUGUCAUAACAUACAACAUUUUGAUAAAUGGCUUAUGCAAAGGUGGCAAUUUGAAUGGUGCUUUCAAACUUUUUGAGGAGCUCCAACUCAAGGGGCAUUCUCCCGAUAAAAUCACAUAUGGAACUCUAAUAGAUGGGCUUCAGAUGGCUGGUCGUGAAGAGGAUGCAUUUAAGCUCUUUGAACAGAUGAGUAAUAAUGGAUGCACGCCUGGCCCAGAGGUUUACAAGUCACUUAUGACUUGGGCUUGCAGAAAGAUGAAGACAUCUCUGGCUUCUAGCAUUUGGUUGAAAUAUAUGAAGGCUGUUGGUGGUGAGGCAAAUGAAAAAAUUGGGUCCAUUGAAAAACAUUUCGAGGAGGGAAACUUGGAAAUGGCUGUUAAAGGGAUACUUGAAAUUGAUUUUCAGUCAGUAACUUUUGAUUCUGCACCUUAUAAUAUUUGGCUCAUUGGUCUGUGUCAGGCACAAAGGACAGAGGAGGCUUUAAAGGUUUUCUCCAUCCUUGAGGAGCUUUCUAUAAAUAUAUCUGCUCCUGGUUGUGUGAUGUUAAUCCAGAGUCUUUGCAAUGAUGGAAAGCUGGAUCAGGCAAUUAGCAUUUUCCUGUACACUCUGGAGAAAGGCAUCCGAUUGAUGCCACGAAUCUGCAACAAUCUACUAACUAUGUUACUUCAUUCUCAAGAGAAGGCGGAGGAUGCAUUUUAUCUCUUAAAAGAAAUGAAGUCCAUGGGAUACAAUUUAGAUUCCUAUCUUUACAAAAAUACUAAAUCCCUUUUAAUUCAUCAUAGAUAUAGAAAAGUAAGAAAACUGGAAAGUGUGUCACAUGGGUAAGUUUCUAGCGAUUGGUUUUCAUUCAACGUUGCAGAUUUUUGGCUUCUCUGCCCCAUCUGGAGAGUACUAGGAGGUUAUUUUUGAAGUAGUGUUUAUCUGGCAGAUUAAAUCCACAAACCCACUUCUGUUGGUCUAAAAUUGGGUAAUUUGGGUUCCUACAUGAGUUAUGGCUUGGUUUUCAGUUUCAGAUUCUGGGUUUCCAUUUCUCCAAAUGUUUUGCUUGAAACUAGACCUGUAUGCUUAAGACAGAAAUCAUUGGUACCUGGUCUGUUUUGGGUUCAUGAAGGUGGUCUAUACUGCACUAGUUGACUUCUAUUUCCACCCUUCACAUUCCACUUCAGCAGCCGCUCAUAUGCUUUUCUGGGUAAAGGUCUCACUUCUGAAUUCUGAGUCCCUUGAAGAAUGAGUUUGGUCUUUUCUGCAUGUUGGCACCAUGAUGAUACAUGGAUCCUAUUUAAAGGACAGAUGCUGCUUCUUCUUCUUUAAAAACUGAAGCAGUAAGCAUAAGCCAUCAUAAACAUGACAAGAUGAUUCUCAGCAGUUUUGCUUAAAGGUUAAGAGUGCCAUCCAAGGCAACCAUGGAAGAGAGCAGUUUCUACUAGAAUUGACAAGGGCCAUAAGCUGCAGUUCAAUGUGCCAUGAACGUGUUGGAUCUUCAUUCUUCACCGCUGUCAGUGGGUUACUGGCUACCUAUUAAUCGCCCAAGUCUGUGUUCUGUUCCCAAAAUAUUUUACUUGAAGGCCGACCUGUAUCUUAAGAUACAAGUUAGUAUGUGGUCUGUUCUGGGUUCAUGAAGGCGGUCUAUGCUUCAAAAGUUCACUUUUAUUUCCGCCCUUUGCAUUCUACUCCAGCGGUCGGUCUUAUGCUCUUCUCGACCGAAGUCUCACUUCUGAAUCUUAACCCCCUCGAGGAUGAGUUUUGAGUUUUUUGUGCAUGUUGGUACUGUGAUGAUUUAUGGAUCUUAUUGAAAGGACAAAGGUUGCUUCUGUUUCUUUCAAACCUGAAGCAGUAAGCGUCUCAUUCAUAAACAUAAUAAGAUGAUGCUCAGCAGUUUUGGUCAAAGUUAAAGACAACCGUCCGAGCAACUCUGGAUGACUGCCAACUUCUUCAAGAAAUGACAAGGGCUAUAAUCUGCUGUUCAGUGUACCACAAUUGCAUUGGAAAUUCAUUCCUCACUGCUGGUGUUAGUAGGGAGUUCAUUAUGAUCAACAAGUAUGAUGUUUCAAGGAAUGUCGAAUUGUGCUGACUGGACUUCGCAAGCUAGGCAUGGAUUAUAGCUAUUCUUGGUGUUGCACAUUGUUUCAGCAGUUCAUUUGCUUUUGCAUAGUUGAUUUUGCACUUGGCAGUCACAACUUUGUGGGGGUUUUUGGUACAACUUCAAUGGCCCUUAAAACCUUUUGCUGUUUGGGAAAUUAAUCACUGAUUGUUUGUCAUUGCACUUUGUUCUUUCAGUUUGAAUGCUCUUCUGGAGUUCAUUACCAUCAAUAAUUAUGAUUUUUUAGGGGGAUACUACGAUGCAUGAAGAGUAGUGGCUGCCACCCUGCUGGUUUUUGAAUUGUGCAGACUGGACUUUUCAGGCUAAACAUGGAUUAUCGCUAUUCUGGGUAUUGCACAGUUGUUUCGGAUAGAUCAAUUGCUCUUUUCCAUAAUUGAGCUUGAACUUGGUAGUCACUACUCUUGUGGGGUUCAAAGUACAAUCUCGAUGGCCCUAAAAAUUUUGUCCUGUUCUGCUUUGUAAUGCUUGGACCUAUACAGGGUGAAUGUAUGAAUAGAAUCUGAGGCCUGAGCAUUUCUUGAUUUGUUAAUACAUGUACACUUAACUAAGGCUGCUUGCAUUUACAACGGGGGAAUGUAUACACAUGAUAAAAUACAAGAUGUAUCUUCUGUUAUUUCAUGUAUAGAUGUGAUGUUUUGUCAA